AUGCACGUGAGCUCGCCAAUUGGCUGCCAAGUGGCCGGGCCGGUCAGCGCCUGUAGUUUUGCACAAACCCCCCUGCCGUUUCACUCAUUCAACCCGCAGUACCCCCCACCUGAAUUAAAGUCGAAGGAAUCGAGUUCAUGUCCGCUCUGCUGGUCCACUCGUUCCCCAUCUGCCCCCUUGCCCCCGCGGCUCCAGCAUCAGCUUAUCCACGCCGACAGCAAGCUCGCCGCCGCCGUCCAGCUCACCGCCGCCGUCCAGGUCGCCUCCAUGGUAUCUUGGAGUGACGGAUCGAGCUCGUCCUCCGACGGCUACUCUGUGACAAGUGAGGCUCCUGCUCCUGCCACCAUUUUCUGCUCUGAGUGGACAGGCCUUGCUCCAGAUAUUGCAGCUAGAUGUGAACACCAGUGUGUGUGUGAGAAGUUUGUGUGCUUUGAAUCAGUUGACAGUGGAAGGAGGUAUCUUGCUUGUGCUCAAAAGGAAAUACCUAAAUGCAAGUUUGUGGAGUGGAUUGACCCUGAAUGGCCAGACACUCUGAAGAUGAGUUUAGCCAGGGUUUGGGCCAUGUAUGAUGAUGAGGUAAAGCUGAGGCUCAGGGAAAGUGUAGUUCUUGCUGAAGAAAAUUUUAGGGUUGUGAAAGAGAAGGAAAAGAUGGCAAAUGAUCUGAGGUUUUUUAAACUAGAUUUUGCUAAGAUGGUGGGUGACAAGGAGCAGGCAGUUACUGAAUUGGGCAAUGCAAGACUUGCUCUUUCUGACCUAAAGGAAGAGCUUCAGAAGAAGAAGAUGGCUGAUAAAUCUACCACUAGCAUUCAUCAGGUUGUGAGGGCUAAGGCAGAGAAAGAGAUGGAUGAGAUGAAACAACAGAUGGAGAGCAUGAAGGAAGAGUUGGACAAAGUGGUGUCACAGAGGGAUGAGCUGAAGAAGGAGAAGAAGAAACUAGAGUACAUGAUUGGUGAUCUAUUCAGGCACAAGGAGGAGACCAAGAGCAAGAUAAGGAGGCUGAAGGAGAUCUUAGAUGAAUCUGAGUAA